AUGCACGAACUUCAAGAGGAAAUCCUCAGGACAUCCAAGCCCUUGCUAAAAAUACUCGACUAUGCCAUCGAACUAGACUGUAUUUGUGCCUUGGCCACGGCGGCCAUAAAAAUGAAUGGAGUGAGACCGAGAUUUAUAGAAGGAAAUGUCAUAAAAAUCAAGAAAGGAAGACAUAUCCUUUUUGAAACUCUUCAUCCAAACUACAAGACAAAUUCAUUCGUUUCGCCUUCGGAUAAGGGUAAUAUAACAUUAAUUACCGGACCCAACGCUAGCGGAAAAACCAUGUACAUCAAGCAGAUCGGCCUAAUCGUAUACCUAGCUCAUAUAGGUAGUUUCGUGCCGGCAGAUUAUGCAGCCAUAUCUCUUGUGGACAAAAUUCUUGCCCAAAUGCCCGCAGACAUUGCUCAACAAAAGGAACAGGAACCGAUCGCAGAUGCAAGUUGGCUCGCAAUGGUACUGAGGCACACCAGCAAAAACUCCCUUUUACUUCUGGAUGAAUUCCCCUACAUAAACGAUCGAAAUGGGCGAAAGGCAAUGUUUUUAGGACUCCUUGAGCAUCUAAGCCAAAAGGAAUCACCCACGGUUUUAAUAACCGGCCUAAACAUAAGUUGGGCUAAACAAUUUCUUGAGCCAUUGGCCCACAAAAUAAACCUCAAGAAAAUACGCGUAUCAAAUGAUGCGCAAGGACCUAUUUUCCUACAUGAAGUAACAAACGGGAUAACGGAAACUAAUUACGCUCUAAGUGUUGCUAAAAACGCAGGAAUACCCUCCGAAGUAAUCGAAAAUGCAACCAAGGUAGAUAGACCCUAUUCCUCACCCCCUCCCAUUCUAGAAUACAUACAAGCCCUUAACUGA